UCUCGGCGGGGAAGACACGAGGCAUUAAAUAAAUUAAUGUUUGUUUGAUUACUUUGUGACGGCUAUGUGGUGGAGUGGCCUGGUGACUGGUGAGGGACGUGAGUGGUGAGUGUUGUGUGGUGCGUGCCUCUAAUACUGCAUGGGUGGCGGACGAGGUGUAGCGUGUAGAGUGUCAGCCAGGUGUGGUGUGUCAUUGUCUUCACGCUGUGUUGGUGGCAGUGCGUGGCUGGCUGGUGGCUGGCGUGUUGAGUGUUGUAAAGUGAAUGGCAGUGUUUGGGAAGCAGUGUAUUCAUCAGGAAUGAAGGUGUGGCUGGGUGCAGCAGCGGCGGUGUCUGGUGUGGGGACGCUGGUGUACCUGAUGGCUCGUUCAGGCCGGCGGAGAGACACCGGCCAGCCUAGCACAGCCCCAGGGACACACAUAGGUCAGAAAGCUACCAGUGAGGGCAGCGGUGUGUCCGGGAUCCAUCAAGAUACAAGAUCAGAGAAGGACAGUUCCCAUGACCGCUUGAAUGGCCACCUGCCUGGCGUGGCCAUCACCAGGGAGACUGUCAAGCAGAGUGCUGCUGCUGAUCCUGCUGAACAAAAUUCACAUGAAAAUCCUCCAUUAUCCAAAGACACUUGCACCAGAGAAUCACCUCUCAAUGUUGCUGAAAAUGUUAGUGAAUGUGUGUCUGUGGCAGAGAACAAGUUUGACACAGGAGUAAGUUUACAUGUGGAGAGUGAAGAGACAACGCCAGAAGUGAAAGUGCCUGAAGCUGUGACAGAGAAAACAAGUGACAGUGUUUCCUUGCAACACCCACAGGAGCAGCACAGUGGUGUGACAGAGCAACACAAAAAAGAUACAGAGACUCCUCACAAAGAUGCAGAGACUCGAGACGAUACAAAUGAUGACGUGGUAUUGCCCAGUACUGAUUCAGAAGAAAGUAACACGAAAUCGACUAAUGUCACUGUUGCAGGUGAUGAAACCAUGUGCAGUGAUACAAAUACUACAACCUUAUCAGGAACUACUUGUCAUUCUGAACAUACAGAAACUAUUGUACCAGAGACACAGUCUAAUAAGUCAGAGUCAGAGAGCUCUCAUGCUGCUCCUGUGCCUGUGGUGGAGGAACUGUCCCGGUGCUUGAUUGUGAAGCCUCAGUGUGACCCCUCGUGUCAUGAACAUCUGCCCGACACCACCUGUGCAUCCAGCCCCCAGGUGUCCACACUACCUUCCUCUGAGACCACGGAGGCAACCUUGACUCACACUGAGGAAGCAGCAUCAAAGGCUAGCACUGCAACACAGCAGCAAUACACUCUUGUGCUGAAGUCAGAAGAAGAUAUUUGUAUUUCAGGGAAGCAUAUACAUGACUCCUCCCCUACAGAGAAGCCUACUGAACCAUUUACCUUCAAGCCUGAGGAGACUGCUGAGACAAACAAGGAACAUCCUGUUACAACUGCUGAAGGGAACCAAGAAAAUCAGACAGCAGUAUUGGAUCAUGAGCAGCCUUCACUGAAUCAGCCACCCAUUGAGGAGAAAUGUACCUUGAAGGAGAGUGCAUUAGUGUCUUGUGAAGGCACUGUUGAUGGAAGGAAGGCUUGUGGUGCUAAUACAGAUGCAGCGGUAGGGGAAACUAAUGACAAAACAGUGGAAAGCACUCCUCAGGAACCCAGCAGUGAAGUGAGAUGCCUUGUGGAGACUCAGAUUAUAGUAACACCAGCUGAGGAGGAAGAAUUGACUGACAGUAAGGAAGAAGAGAGCCAAGACCAAGACCACACUGUCAUUAAGCAAGGGGAGGAGACUGAGAAGAAAGCACAGAGCAUCAGUAAGGAAGAUAAACAAGAGAAGAGGAACAAAGUGGCAAUAAAGCUGACCUGAAGCAAGAGAUGAUCAGCAGUAAGGAAGAUAAAGUAACUAAGCAGGAAGCAACAACUAAAGGAGAGGAAAAGACUGACACUACGGAAAAAGUAACAAAGAAAGAGGAAGAGAACACCAGUAACCAAGAAAAGAAUAAGAAACAGAAGCAGACCAGUAAUGAGAGAGAAGUAAGCAAGGAACAAAAGCAGAGUAACAAGAAGCAGGAAACAACCAAG